AUGCAACUUUCUGUACCACUGGGUGAAGAUGCAACAUUCUGUACCACUGGGUGUAGACGCUACAUCCGUCGAAGUCACAAGACAACGUUAAAUUGUUUCCGAAACAAUGUCACCACAUUAGAACUGGAGUCCGUUGUUGCUGUGCAGUAUAUCCAACUGCCCGCUGAGGCAGAGCCAGCAGGCAACGCUGGCAAA